AAGAUUAAUAUAUAACUAGCAAGUGACAACCCGAAUUGGAAUCGAAUUUUGUACUUUUUAAAAUUUUUCGAACUAUGAAGGAAUGAUUUAAAAGCAAGCAGAGGGGAGAGAAGAUUUUUAUUCAAGUUACAAAGAGGAAAAGAGAGUUGGGUCUUCUGCCAUUUUGCCAGAACUAAACAACAGAUCUCUUCAACCCUUUUUAUCUCUUCUCCAUCUCCCCGUGACUCUAUAAUCUCUCUCUCUCUCUCUUCUCUGUCUGUUUGUUUGUAUGUGCAAAUUUUGGUCUUUUUUUUUCCAUUUAAGUUGGAUAUUUUCUUGUAAACACAACUCAAGAUAAGUUGAAAUCUUGGGAUUUGAGCAUUCAGUAUUUUCAAAAACAACCAUACAACACAUACUAUAUAUAUACCUCUCUAUUUGUGUUCUACACUUCCACUUUCUCAAUUGGGCAAACUCUCUAUUAAAUCUUCUAUUAGUUCAACUUCUUUUUUGGUGAAUUUUGUUGGUCCUAAAAAACUGUUUCUGGGAUUUCUUUACUUUUCUUUUCUUAUUCUAUUCCAUUUCUUAUUUUAUAAAGAAUCCAACUUUUGUUCAUACAAAAGUAGACACCUUUAGGGGUUUAAGGGUUUUUUUUUCCAUCUAAUUCAACUCAUUUCCCACUCAUUUCAACAGUUUCUUUGAUUUGUGGAGUUGGGUUUUCAUAAUUCUUUAAGAUGAAUUAAAAAAACUCAAUCUUGAACCAUAAAGUCACAACCUUUUUGUCAAUCUUGGGGUGAAUUGAGUUUUUCUUGUUCCAUCCAAUUCUACUCAUUUUCAUCAUUUCUUUGAUUUAUGGAGUUGGGUUUUGCAUAUUUCUUUGAAAUGAAUUGAAAAGACAUAAUCUUGUACCAUAAAGCUCCAACUUUUUUUUUUUUUUGUCAAAUUUCAAGAAUUUGGCCAUUUAGGGGUGACUUGAGUCUUUCUUUUUUCAUCCAAUUCUACUCAUUUCCAAUCAAUUUCUUUGAUUUUUGUAGUUGGGCUUUCCAUAUGUCUUUCAGAUGAAUUAAAAAGAUUCAAUCUUGAACCAUAAAGUUCCAACCUUUUUUUAUUAAAUUUCAUGAAUUUGGUGGUGAAUUGAGUUUCUUGAACUCUCAAAAAUGUCAUCAACUAUCUUAACUGGUGGUACAGGAAGAGCUUAUGGAUUUGACAUUGAAAAUGUUGUCAAAUCCCCAUCAAUGACAUCUAGUAGAAACUCCCAUUCAUCUUCUCCAUCUUCAACCCUCUCUGAAUCAAGCAAUUCCCCUAUAGCAAUAUCGAAUCGAAAACCUCGAACUCCCCGAAAAAGACCCAAUCAAACUUACAAUGAAGCAGCUGUUCUUCUCUCCAUAGCUUGUCCCAAAGUCUUCUCAAACAAAAACCUCACAAACAAGACCAACAAUCUCUCCAAAUUCACCACACAAAAUGGUAUACAAAAUGGUAACUCGGUUUACGACCCGACGGAGUUGCUUUUACCCUUUCCGGUGAUCGAAAACUCCGGAUUCCUUCUCCGGAAUCCGAUUCCGAAGAAACCCAAUUCAGUUUUCGAGUCAAAGGUGGCGGGUUCUUGCCAGAGUCCCGAGGAAUUCGAGUACCAGAAUUGUAACUCCGGUUCGAAUUCCAUGGAAAUGUGUGACGGGUUUGAAGGGGUAGACCUUGGAGCAACGGUAAGGUUGUUGCCAUGUGACCUGGAGGUCACAGGUUCAAGUCUUAAAAACAACCUUUUUCAUAAAAAUAGGGUACUAAGUACAUCAGGCCCAAGUUGGCCCAACACCACCCUGGACCCCACACAUGCUGAAGUCUCAUGCACUGACCUUCUAAACAACAAAUUUGAAGAUGAUUUCGAUACGGAAUCGAUGCUCGAUGAGGAAAUUGAAGAGGGGAUUGAUAGUAUCAUGGGGAGCUCGAAUUCGACCAUCGAAACCCGCGAAUUAAACAAUGAUUCUUGUUUGAAUUUCAAGCCCAACACUUGUUAUGGGUAUCCAUUGGGAUUGGGAUUUGGUGGAAAUUUGGAGUUUAACUUUGGAAUGGGAAUGGGAAUGAGGAAUGGAAUAAGGGCAUUGAAGAAUGGUGAUGAUGGGAAUUGGUGGAAUUUUCCAACGGUGAAUGUGGCGGAUGUGUCGCCGCGGGUGGCGGUGGUGGCGCCAGUGAAGGUGAAAAAAAGUCCUAUGGAAAAAAAGAAGAAGAGAGUGGAGGAAUUGAUGAAGAGGUCGGAAUCAGAAUUGGAAUUGGAAUUGGAACAGGGGAAUAAGAAUAAUGGAGACGGCAAUGGGUGCAAAUUGUUGUUGAAAUUGAAUUACGACGACGUUUUGAAUGCUUGGUCGGAUAAAGGGUCGCCAUUGCCGGAGGAAAUCUCUGGGUCGGAGUCUGCGGAUGGUGAUAUUCAUACUAGAUUAGCUCAAAUAGACUUAUUCUCGGAAAGCGGUGGGCUAAGAGAAGCUAGUGUAAUGCGUUACAAGGAGAAAAAACGCACACGUCUAUUCUCUAAAAAGAUUAGAUACCAAGUGAGAAAGGUUAAUGCUGAUAGACGGCCCAGAUCCAAGGGGCGAUUUGUUAGAAGGUCAAACUCUGAGGACACAUAAGUUAAUACUUUUUUGCUCUCAGCCCCCUCAUUUUUUGAAGAUAGCUUAUUGUGUCCUUUAUCUUUUUCAUUUUUACAUUUCUAGACUUAUAGUUCUUUCUUUUGUGUACAACAAUAAUUAUGUAGUGUUGUUGAAAAGAGGCGAGGCUAGUUAAGAUGAGAAAUGGAUAGGAAGGAGAGGAGAGGAGAGGAGAGGGAAUUUAUAUUUAUUUUUUUCUGUAAUCAUAACUUUUUUUCCUUUCACAACUACUAUAGUUUACACCAUUUAAUCAUAAA